UAUAUAGAGAGACAUAUAUAUGUAGAGAAGAAACAGAGAAAACAAAGAUGGGGUUGGACUGGGGACCGGUGCUAAUGUCGGUAAUUUUCUUCAUCCUGUUGAGCCCUGGAGUUCUGUUUCAGCUGCCCGGAAAGAGCAAAGCGGUUGAGUUCGGUAGGUUUCAGACAAGCGGCCCCUCCAUUGUCAUCCACACUCUCCUCUUCUUCGCCUUCAUCACCAUCUCCCUCAUCGCCCUUCACAUCCACAUCUACGCCGCCUAGUUUAACCCUACCUUCCCCCACACGUCAUGGCCCCUUCUCUGAUUUCCUUGUGGAAUAACCAUUUUUAUGAACCAUGUAACAUGUAUGCAGCAUGGGCUAAUUUAAUUAUUAGGAUAUAAGCGCGUUUAAUUACAACCUCUGAGCUGAUCUUUAUAUAUGUAUUGUCAUACAAUAAUUAAGUUUGCCAUUACUUGAA